CAGCUUUCAGUGAGGGAGCAUUUUAACAUUUUUCAGCAUUGACACCAUGAAACCAUUAUCAAGAGUGACUUCAAAUCAUGUAACAGUUAUACUAAAAGAAGAAUGCACUGGUAAACUGUAAAAAUUGCUUUUAAAUAUGCUUUUCUUAAAAUCUCCAGGGGAAUUUUGUUGUUUUGUAGAGUAUUUCUCUUCUUCCUGCGGGUAAUGGGAAAAACAUAAAUGACAUGAACACCAACAUUCACUUACAGUGUACUGCAGAAAGCAAUCAUUACUAGCUGUAUAGUGGGAAUAGAGAAGAGCUGGAACAUAUAAUUCACAACAUGACUUGAACAAAAGGCAAAGUGUUUUUGCUGCUGACCAUAAAGGCACUCCUCCUCUUUUUCUGUGCCUGUUUCUGGCUGCCUCUUGAACGUUGUACUUCAGAUUUAGAAUUACUUUAAAUGCCAAAUACAAUAAAAAAGUAAAGGAACCUGUCUUAGUGACACAGUUGUUGGGUUGCACAGCACCCAGUGACACACAUGGUACAAGGAAAAUCGACCUCACAUACUGUAUGAAGUUUCACAUUGGUGAACUGCACCAUAAAUUUUACUGACCACGUUUCUCUUCAUCCUGAAACACUGUUUUGACUAUGCAAAACAAUGGGUGAAAUUCAAGCACCACAUAAGUCACAUAAAACCAAAGAGCUGGUUUCUCAGCACUGCUUUUCUCUCUGUUUUGGUUCCAAGUCUGACCAGAGUUCUGGGUCUGAUUUCAAUCUCCAGAUACUUCUGCAGUGGCCAGGGCUUUCAGUGUCAGGGGGGGGAAAAAAAAGCUAAAUACUGUACGAAAAAACAUUGCGAGACGUAAUCAGAUAUGCCAUAUGACAUUUUCUUCUCUCGAACUCAAAGUGCACUCGUUCUCUCACUCACACACACACACACACACACACACACACACUAACAAACACUAGAACACAGACAGAAAAGCACUCGCAUGCACAUGCACAGAUGCAGACACAAAGUAUGCUCCAGUAGUCUCACAUACAGUGCACACAGACACACAAGUACGUGCACAGUAACACACAGCUGCAUGCACUGUCUGCCUGCCUACCAGAAAGUCGUAGCCCUUUUCCGCAGACAAUCCUUCACUGUUUCCUCCAGUCUCCUAAUUGGCUUUACUCAGACCCAGCCCAAAGACCUGAGUCAGAAACAAUUAAAAACUCCAUUUAUAUUCCUGCAGUGAGCACAUGGGCUCCCACAGUGUGUGACUACACACAUCAGCCCUCAUCAUCUGUGUGUGAUUUUAAACUUCAGGCCGUUUUCCAUAUUUAUUUGAACGUGGCCAGACUUGAAAGCUUUGUGGACUGAACAGCGAAAAGCUCUUUUUGAUCAUACAAAUAAUCUGUAGCUCGUCCAACAUUGCCUUUUAAAUAAAUAUCUGAUUCAGAAAAUAUUAGCUUUCCGAGCAGCCUGUUUAUUGUUUGAGUUUUCUGAGGCUUAAAUUGACUAAGAAAACACUUUCGCUUUUACAUCGACAUCAGUGAAUCAAAAGCCUGGGAUUUCAAAAGGGGGCCUGACAGAGGUAAUAACCACGUUUGACAAAUAAACAAUCCCCACAUCUCCAUCCUCCAGCCCACUGAAUUGGCCAAACCCUGCACAGGACUGGAGCUUUCCAGACAGGUAAUUACCUUUUGCCCCAACAGCCAUUUUUAGAACAUACCACAAACGCAUAAGUGACCACAUACCAAUGAAAGAAAAAAAUAUGCGAACCAGCAAAUCUCUGUUUUACCCAUGUAACUAAAUCCAGCAUGUGGACAUAGAUUUUUAUCAGAGUGCAUUUGGUUUUUCAUUUGUAAUGUGGGCAGUAGGGAACUGAUUUAAUGACAGGAGUGGAUCUAAAAUAGGAUGUGGCAUCAUUUGAGUCAGAGAUUUAAGAUUACUCUGUCAACAUUACAGCAGGGAUGGCAAUCAGAGUCUUUGGUGUACCUUUUUGAUCCGUCACUUUAUAAAAUGCAACUUGACAGACAGGCAGACUGAAGUCUGACUGAAGACUGAAGCAAGUGAUACCUGAUUAUAUGUCAGAAUAGAUCACAUUAUCAUUGGUAUCACUGUCUUUGCUGCAUUUAGGACCCAUUUUCUCAAUAACAAACAAUUCAGUAAUCUUCAAUUAUUUGGUUUUUCAACAGAUUUAAAACUAUAUGGACAGAGAGUACGGACAAGACAAGGAUAAAAAUGAAGACAAAAUAGUGUGAGUAAAGAAACUAACAUAGACAGAGAUUGAAGAAAGUUGGUGUGUGUGUGUUUGUGUGCAUGUGUGCUUGUGUCUCUAUAAUAUAUGAGGUGUUUGUGGAGAUGAGCCUUGCGUGCCAGGGGCCACAGCAGGUGCAGUGCAUCUCUGGAGUGCCGUGUCCUAGUAUGUAUCGGGUGGGUGGUUGGGUGGGAGGUAUCCUUCACCCUCAUCAUCUCAGCUUUCUCCACCUCUCCUCCCUGUUGAUAUAAAUAAAAAUGGACAACUCACGACAAAAGCAGCAGGGGUCCUCUGGAGCAAAGGGGACAAGUUUUUGGGUGCCAGUGAGGAGGCUUAAGAGGUGGCGAUUUGAGAUUCUCUGUGGUUAUUUAAGGACACUUAAGCGCAACAAGUGCAAGUCAUUCUGAUUAGACAUUUCAAUCUGUUUGGAGUAGUUGGAUGAAGUUUGUAAUGUGAUGAGUGUGAUCAUAAAUUUCAAGUACUAUUAUCAUAUUUGUGGGUUUUUUGUGGGGUGGGGUGUUCCAUUUUUAUUUUAUUUUAAACACUGGUAACUGGAUCAACAGGUACUCAUACCAAAAUACAAAAUAAGUUGUUUUUUAGUAAAGUGAUCAAGGUUAGGCAACUAAAAUACUUGGUCAGUCUUGCUUAGUCUUGGUUAGUUAAGCUGUUUGAACAGACAGCCAAAACUGGACUCUUUAGCUCUUACCUGGGAAUCUAUAAAAAUAUAUAAUUUUAAUGCAUAAGUUCAUAUAACUUCUUUGGUUUGUGAUAUUAAAGUGUUUGGUCCAGUUAUACUAGGAAAAUUGUGGUUCCAAAACCAGAGCCAACAGGUUUGGCAAAAAGGCUUUAAAUGCUUACAGUGUGCAACAGGUCAAGUAAGAAGGUCAAAGAUCUGGCAAACCAACAGAAUUGGCCAUGGAGGAGUAAUACUGGCAUCAGGUAACCCAACCAUUUCUGAGGAAGGCAGGAAGAUCUGAGGUGGCCAGGUUGUUAGAGUCCCUCUAGAGGGCGCUGGCUGCUGAAUAGGUGCAGCAGAGUAAGCAGGUGACUUGGUCAGGUGGUGCAGAAGAGGGAAACUCAGAGAUGGCAAACAGUGGGCAGGCAGAGAAUGGAAGACACAACAACAAAAAGUCAGAAAACAGGAUGAGGCUAAGGAGAGAACCUCUGAGGAUGUAUCUUAAUGUGUCCGUGUCUUCAGCUGAAGAGGGAAAUGAUGAAGGAGGCACCAUGAAAGGUGUGUGGAGCCCGGAGGAGGAGGAGGGAGAGGAGGGAGGGGGUUUCUCCCGUCGUAUACCCUGCAGAGCCACUCUCUCCUGGGAUUGCCAUGCCAUCAACCUCAGAGGAUCCACCAAAGCAGAUCACUGUGGAUUCAUUUCUCCUGCAAAACACAUGACAGAUGGAAAUAGCCAGAGCAGCAUGUGGCUGCUGGCAACACUUCAACUGCCUUUCACCAAGCUGUGUGUCGUACUGCAAGACUGCACUGUCCAUCUGAGCGGGAUGGAGGAGGAGGAGGAUGAGAGAGGAGAGGAGUGGGGGAUGAGAAGAGAGACGGCAGACACGCUGCAGCUGAUUGAAUCAUGCUGGAGUGAAACCAAUCUUUCUGUGAUACAAGAUCAGAGGAGGUUUUGUGCACGACUGCCAUGCACUGAAGCCAUAUGCUGCCACCCCAACCCGCACACCUCAAAGCGCCAUGUGUCUGCAGGCCAUUCAUGUUCCAUUACUGAGCUUGUGGGACCAGCCAAAAACAACAUUUUGACCUCACAAAACUUUGUUUGAAAUACAACCAAAUUAUAAUAACAAAUGAUUUCUUGCCCAAAAAUGUGCCAAGCAAAGUAUUCUUUUUGCUCUUUGUGAGAUAAUAUUGUAUGACUGAACAAGGGGCAGCAUCACGAGGAGCAGGACUGUCUUCCAGGUUUCUUUUCGCGUAGAGUUUUAAUUUUGGGAAUUUAUAGAUUUAAAUGUUGAAUUUAUUCAAAUAAAUAAUAAUAAAUAAAUAAAUAAAGCAUUUGGAAAGUAUAUAAACCAUAACCAUUUGUUUUUGCAAAUGAACAUUAAUUCAUAGGCAUCUCAACCCUUGAGGAUGGAACAAGACAGGAUUUGUCCUCUUGGGAGCAUGAAUGAAUAAUGUGUUUACUAAAUUUUAUUGCAGUUUCACAGUUACAUUUUGCUAUUUUUAUUUGUGAACAUGUGGGGGAAUUCUGGUCAAUUGCUGGUGCUAAAUGAAAGGACAUCAAGAAUUACAGUGUGUCCUUUGAGGGCCCUGAAUAAUGAUGCCAGUGCAAUUUGUGACACUUGGGCUUGUAAUUGUUGAAAUAUUCUGAUCUGGAAACACACAUACUAAGUUCAUAUUUACAUGUUACUGUUAUAUGUCUCAUGAAAAGCUCACCAUGACACAAUAUUUGGAACCAGUGCUUCGUAAAAUCAGUCACAUGGCACAGUUUGGGUCUUUACUGAGACCUGGACUGAGCAGAUUAAGAGACCAGAGUUGCU